CAAUAGAUUCCGCAGAAUUUACUAAGGAGAAAUACGACAGUUUCUUACAAAUUCGUCUUUUCGAUCUCAGGACAGUUUUUGGGUUUGUGACCUUAGUCAAUGAAGUAUUUUCUCCUGAACAAACAAAAUUUGCCUUAGCGCCAUUCUUCCCUAAUGCCUAAUAUCCGAACAAAAGAAAACAUCUUUGCCAGAUUUCGAAGGAAGUGAACAUUUUUCUGUCCCCCAAAGGCGAUGGGUUCAAGUGCACCCGGGCCCCUGAAAAAUCAUCUUUAAAAUUAGUUAAGUGGAAUUUGACCAAAUUAUAACUUAGAGUAAUUCUGUUUGUAUUUCUUUCAACUGCCAACAAUAUGUAAAUAUGGACCGACAAUGGUCAGCUUUUAUAUGAACUCCUGCGUGCAAUAGAAUGUAAGAGACGUUAUUGGUACUUUAAACCACGCCUGCAACAAUAUUGACUGAGCAUGCCAUAAGGCUCUUUUUCAUUUCUUAUACAUGUCAUAUAAAACGUAAUGCGCCUAAUUGUUACGUCAUUUGUUUACUCGGCAUUGUUGUGUUACAUUAUUGCCGUCAACAAUCGGGUUUCUCUAUUGUGGAAAGAACUGAGCUGUGAAUCGCUUGUAGAAGAAGUGCGUCGUGGAACAGAUAAUUUUGUGCUGUUAAAAAUCUUUCAGAAUUACCCAAGAAUAUUUCUUAUACGAUUCGAGGGAUUUGUGAUACUGUCCUCAACUCUCUUCAUUUUACUUUUUAAUCAUUUGUUCUUUCUUUCCGGAGGACAUCCAAUUCUUUUCCUCUUGAACAAAGGAAGAGCCUAAUUAUCGAGAAAUAUCCCUACAAAAUUGAAUCCAAAAUUCUUCUGCAGACGUGACUCCAUAUUCCAGUGGAAUUAUUGGGAACCAUCAGAGUGGCUUCCGUCCUAAUAGAUGUGCAACUGAUCAGAUGUUCUCAUUCGCCAAAUGCUAGAGAACAGGUCGGAGGAGAUGGAGUUAAGCGAACAUUGCAGCUGUUCUCAUCAUGACGGCAGGAACCUCUUCACCUCAACACUGAACGCCAUUAAGAAGACUGACAUUCUACUUCACGGAAUUAGCUCGGACAUGUUGACGCUGGUUUUGGAUUAUGUUUAUUUGUGUAAGGUGGACAUCCACUGCGACAACGCGCGUCAGCUGCUUGGGACGGCUGACUAUUUGUGGUUACCAGCCGUUACUGAGCUCUGCUGCGACUUCCUCAAGGACACGCUGGACCUCGACAACUGUAUCGGCAUCUUGCGAUUCGCAAGGACAAUACAGCAAGCAAAUGAACUGACAUCGGCAGAAUCACACCAGAACCGCCACUUCAUGCGAUGGACAGAAUGA